UUUGGCUGCAUUUUUGGUACGCUAACUUCACGCAAUUAACAGCUUGAAAGCGCCAUAUUGGAAAGUGAAAUUUGUGUGUUCAACCAACGUUGUUCUUGUGAUUUUUCACCUCUGAGAACAGAAUAAUUGAGCAAUUAUGGCAGGAACAGGUGCAAACAGUGUUCCUCUGGGAGCUUUGCAUCCAGUCUUCAGUGGAGGAGGAAAAUCAUCUGGAAAUGACUCGAUGUUGAACGCUGCCCGCGAAGCAGCUGCGAGGGUGACUGCGAACAUCUUGAAACGGGAUCACGCCGGGAUUGCCGCCCGACCAGCGCAGGCCCAGAGUACCGCUACCGGUGGGCCUGUGUCGGCCGCUCAUCACCCAUUAACAAUGCCCGGUCAGCGCCAAAUCAUUGAACCUCUGAUGCAAGCAUCUUCAAGUUGGCCAAUGCAGCAGCAACCAGAGACUUCUAAGCGUCGCAAACGGAGUCGAUGGGGUGGAGAGGAUGUCAAGGCUGCACCAGGUGUGGCUACCGUUAUCCCUUCAGGUCUGUCAAAGGAACAAGAAACUCAAGUCUUAUUACAUCUGCAGAUUGAAGAAUUGAGCCGUAAACUACGAACCGGAGAGCUUGGUGUGCCGCCCAAUGUGGAGGAUAGGUCACCUUCACCUGAGCCUAUCUAUAACCAUGAGGGCAAGCGUCUCAACACCAGGGACUAUCGGAUGCGCAAGAAGUUAGAGGAGGAUCGUCACAAGAUGAUCCAGGAAGCACUCUCUUUGAAUCCAGAGUACAAACCUCCUGCAGAUUACAAGCCACCUGUCCAGAGAGUGAGUGAUCGGGUCAUGAUACCCCAGGAUCAGCAUCCAGAAAUUAACUUUGUUGGCUUACUCAUCGGACCUCGAGGUAACACCUUGAAGAAACUUGAGAAAGAUACGACCACCAAGAUCAUGAUCCGCGGCAAGGGAUCAGUGAAAGAGGGCAAGGUUGGGCGUAAAGAUGGCCAGCCUUUACCAGGAGAAGAUGAACCUCUCCAUGCCCUUGUCACAGCCAACAAUGCUGAGAGUGUCAAGAAGGCAGUCAUUCAGAUUCAAGAGAUCAUAAAACAAGGUAUUGAAACACCCGAGGGUCAGAAUGAUCUCAGAAGGAUGCAGUUGAGAGAGCUUGCGCGGCUGAAUGGUACACUCAGGGAUGAAGAUAUGCUCAGGUGCUCCAACUGUGGGUCCACAGAGCAUCGUACCUGGCAGUGUACAGAGAAGCAGAAUAUCACCAACAACAUCUUAUGCUCUCUCUGUGGCUCAGCCGGUCACAUAGCUGCAGAUUGCAGGGAGAAGGCCAUCGGAGACCGCCCCCUUGCCCAACCUAUCGUCAACUCAGCGGACAAGGCUAAGAUGGACUCGGAGUACCUUUCUCUCAUGGCUGAGCUUGGUGAAGGUCCUUUGCCAGGUGGUGGAGGAGGAGGACCACCACCACCACCAAAGGUCAGUUUGGGCGGGCCGCCUAGUGGUCCUAGACACCCCACACCCCCUAUCUCAUCGGCUCCACCCAAUCGCCCUUUGAUGAUGCCCCCAGGUGGUGGACAGGGCAACAACCAGGAUCACCCUCCCCCUCUGAUGGGUCAGAACCUGAACUUACCUUGGAACAACCGCAGUCAGAACAAGCCACCAUCCCUGCUUAACUCUGGCCCUGCACAGCGGCCUCCUCUGGGCCAGGGCCCCCCUCCUCCUCCUCUCCCCCAUCAAGGCCCUCCACCGCCCUCUAGCAGCGGACCUCCACCCCAUCACAACCAGCCCCCGUUCAUGGGUCCACCCCGACCCCCACUGAUGAAUAGACCCCCUCCAGUUGGACCUGGUGGCAUGCCUCCGAAUAUGAUGCCUUCUCAUAUGGGCCAAGGACCCCCUGGACCCCCUCCUCCUGGUGGAUUCAACCCAAUGAUGCCCCCUCCACCUCGUGGAAGAUCUCAGCUGCCCCCGUGGGCGUUUCACGGUGGACCUCCAUCUUCUGGUUCCCCUAAUUCAUCAGCACCAGCUCCAGCGCCGGUUCCUCCCCCAUCCCUUCUAGUUGCCCCACCCCCUCCCCCACCCAGCAGCGAGCCGCCUCCACAACCCCCCACUAGUGCUCCAUGGCAGAUUUCGUCAUCAAGCCAAGGGGUAGGGACGUCUCCCCCAUCUCAGCCUCCAUGGCAGUCCCAGGCCAUCCUACAGCAGGCCCUAGCCCUCUCGCAGCCUCAGCAGGCAGCGACAGCUACUGCUACAACAACUGAGACUACUACAUCCACAACCAAGCCAUCUCCUCCAGUACCAUGGCAACAGCUUGCUGCAGCUGCAGCUGCAGCCAAUGCUCCUCCAGUCAGUUCAGCUAGCAGCUCAUCACCAGCCCUGCCACCCUGGCUACAAGCCUAUACAGCAGCUGCUGCAGCAGCGGCAGCUGCAGCUGGCGGAGGAGGAGUCUCUUCAAGUACGGCAGGCCAACCUACACCUCCACAGUGGGCGCAAGCAAUGCCUCCACCACCACCCCAACCGGUCCCCCCUCCCUCUUUGCCAGGAAUGCCCCCUAUGGGGGUGCCACCUCCCCACAUGCAGCCCCCGAUGCCCCCCUUGCCAUUCCAGCAGGGUGGUUUGUCUGAUGUUGCACCACCCCCUGCAGUACCCCCUCCUCACCUGAAUGCCCCUCCCCCACCCCCGCCUCCUUCAAGUUGAGCAUCUGAGCAUUACUCCAUUUAAUACUAAGGUGGUCUGCUUUAUCAUCCAAAAGGUCAUUUGAAGAUUGAAAUACUCGACCAUUUUGUUUUACAUGCAGCGUCCAUCUAUCAUCUACAUCAUUCUCUAGCGUCC